GACCGGCCGGGCGCUGACGGCGGCGGCGCGUCUGCGGACCGAGCAGCGCGGGCCGGCCAGCGAGGAGCGCGCGCCGCGGACCGGGGCGGCAGGCGGAGCGGGCGGGCGGCGCCUGCGGAGAGGCCGGAGCCGGCCUGCGUGGGGCCGCGCGGCGGCGGCGACUUCCUCCGGGCCGGGCCGGACAGCGCAGGGCCAUGGCCGAGGCCGCGGCUCCGAUUUCUCCCUGGACAAUGGCAGCUACAAUCCAAGCGAUGGAGAGGAAGAUUGAGUCGCAGGCCGCCCGCUUGCUCUCCCUAGAAGGCCGGACGGGGAUGGCCGAGAAGAAGCUGGCCGACUGCGAGAAGACGACCUUGGAGUUCGGGAACCAGCUGGAGGGCAAGUGGGCCGUGCUGGGGACCCUGCUGCAGGAGUACGGGCUGCUGCAGAGGCGCCUGGAGAACAUGGAGAACCUGCUGCGGAACCGGAACUUCUGGGUCCUGCGCCUGCCCCCGGGCAGCAAGGGGGAGGCCCCCAAGGAGUGGGGCAAGCUGGACGAGUGGCAGAAGGAGCUGUACAAGCACGUGAUGAGGGGCAACUACGAGACGCUGGUCUCCCUGGACUACGCCAUCUCCAAGCCUGAGGUCCUCUCCCAGGGCGAGCAAGGGAAGGAGCCGUGUGGCUGGCGCCGCACGGCCCCCAAGGUUCCGGACGCUCCUGUGGACCCGAGUCCAGGCUCGGCGCCCCCCGUUCCUGCCCCGGACCUCCUCAUGCAGAUCAAACAGGAGGGCGAGCUCCAGCUCCAGGAGCAGCAUGCUCUGGGGGUCGAGGCUUGGGCAGCCAGCCAGCCAGACAUCGGGGAGGAGCCAUGGGGCCUUGGCCAGCUGGAUUCCGGAGCGGGAGACGUCUCUACAGAUGCCGCCUCUGGCGUCCACUCCAGCUUCGCAACCACGAUCCCACCCACUUCCUGGCAGGCGGAUCUCCCGCCCCACCACCCCUCCUCCGCGUGCUCAGACGGGACCCUGAAGCUCAACACGGCAGCCUCCACGGAAGCAGAUGUAAAAAUUGUGAUCAAAACCGAAGUCCAGGAAGAGGAGGUGGUGGCUACCCCAGUGCACCCUACUGACCUCGAGGCCCAUGGGACCCUGUUCGGACCAGGCCAAGCCACAAGGUUCUUUCCUAGCCCUGUCCAGGAAGGCGCCUGGGAGAGCCAGGGCAGCUCCUUCCCCACCCAGGACCCCGUGCUGGGGCUCCGGGAGCCCGCCCGGCCGGAGCGGGACCUGGGGGAGCCCAGCCCCGCCGUGGCCCAGGACGAGACCCCUCCAGGGGACUGGCUCCUUGGGGGGGUCCGGUGGGGCUGGAAUUUCAGGUGUAAGCCUCCUGUGGGUCUGAACCCGAGGACUGGGCCUGAGGGGCUGCCCUACUCCUCUCCUGACAAUGGAGAGGCUGUGCUGGACCCAGGCCAGGCCCCGAGGCCCUUCAAUGACCCCUGUAAAUACCCGGGCCGGACCAAGGGCUUUGGCCACAAGCCAGGCCUGAAGAAGCACCCGGCGGCGCCCCCGGGGGGCCGGCCCUUCACCUGUGCCACGUGCGGGAAGAGCUUCCAGCUGCAGGUGAGCCUGAGCGCGCACCAGCGCAGCUGCGGGCUGCCCGAUGGGGCGGCGGGGGCGGCGGGGUCCGCACGGGACGGCAGCGCCCUGCGGUGCGGGGAGUGCGGGCGCUGCUUCACGCGGCCAGCCCACCUCAUCCGGCACCGCAUGCUGCACACGGGCGAGCGGCCUUUCCCGUGCACGGAGUGUGAGAAGCGAUUCACUGAGCGCUCCAAGCUCAUCGACCACUACCGAACCCACACGGGCGUGCGGCCCUUCACCUGCACCGUCUGCGGCAAGAGCUUCAUCCGCAAGGACCACCUCCGCAAGCACCAGCGCAACCACGCGGCGGGCGGCAAGGGCCCGGUCCGCGGCCAGCCGCUGCCGCCCCUCCCGGCCGGUCCCCCGGACCCCUUCAAGAGCCCUGCCUCCAAAGGACCCUUGGCCACCACAGACCUUGUGACCGACUGGACUUGUGGCCUGAGUGUCCUGGGACCCACCGAUGGCGGGGACCUAUGAGGCCCCCCAGAAUGGCCAGGGCCGCCUCAGCCCUCCCGCCCCUCCGGCGGCAAGUGUAGAAAGUCCCGUUUCCAGACGCCGGGGCGUGGCAGGCGCACAGGCGGGAGUCAAGUCUGGGAGACCAAACCCCCAAGUUGCUGAACUGGUCACUGGAGAAAGAGAAACUGUCAAACAAUACGGCUUCCACCUCUGAACAAAGUAGAACUCUCUGAUUGUGAAACUGAGCACCAUAGAAUUUUAAGUAAUUUAAUUAUGAACCCCCCCUUUUUUUUUUUAAUUCUUGAAGAAGCUGGAAAAUAGUCGUAGUGCCAGUUUAAACUUUAUUGCAUUAUUCUGGUUUCUGAAGCGUGUUUAUGCUGUGUGCUUACCAAGUCUGAUGGUGUGCGCGCGGGAGGUCAGUGAAGCAGGGGACUCGGUGGGGAGGGACCUGGGCCCCCUGCCCCGCUGUCUCCCGGGGAUGGGAUGGCCUUAGCCGGAGUCCUGGGCGAGUUGAGACCGCGCGCUGACAGGGGCUGGGCCGGGCUGGGCCUGGGGCUACACACCGCCUGGAACUCCGGCCAGCCAGGGGCUGGCCCUUCUGUUUCCCUGUUACGGGUCACCAGCCACCCCAGCGCAAGAGAGCUGGAUGGUGUUGCCCCGUUGUGUGGCCCCUGGGCCGUGGAAAGGGGGGUCGUCUGAAAGGCAGGGCCAGGGCAGCACGUGCCGUCACAUCUGGGGACCUGUGGGGCCGUGAGCAAAGCCUGGCUUCCGGCCGCUUCCCACUCGCAUGAGAUGCUUCUGUGUCCUCUUUGUGUAGUGUGUUUUCAUUGUCAAAAUGCUCUCACGUUGCAUCUCCUGUGAUUGUUACCGUGACCUUGUGAAAUACACAGGGCGGGUCUUCUUUCCUGUUAGAGACGAGGAAAUAGAUUACUCAAAGGGGACACAUCCCAGCCUGGCAGCACGGGGGCUGCUGGGCGCCCGCAGUGGGAACAGGCCUCAGGUUAGACGCGGCUGCCCUCCCAGAACCUCGGCUGGGCAAGGAAAGCUUUUCGCUUGGGGCUCUCUAGAAGAUUCGUCCCAUCUGUGCAGGAGCAAAACUGUCAGGCCUCAGGCUCCGGCUGAGGCCGGGCCUCCCGGGUGUGCGCGCCCCCAGCAGGCCCCAGAGGCUGGGCCCGGGGGCGCCUGCUCCUUCUCUCCUGGCUUCCUGACGUGGAGGCAGGCGCCGUUCUGGGCCUCCUGAUUGAACCGCCCUGCUGUCCCCGCCACACAAGUAACCGUUCCUGUUUUGUCGAAGCCGCCGCUGGCCGCUCGUCCACAGCGGGCAGCCUGUCCCCCCAGCAGAGGGGAGGCCGGGGCUGCCGUUCACUCAGCUCCCCCACGUGUACUUUUGUUAGGCAAUAGACUAGUUAAGAAAAUUGUUCCUAUGUACUGUAUAUUUUGUACCUGUUUACACCUCUAAUUGAUAUAACUGAUAUUUUGAAAAAACCAAUGAGGAAACUCCAUGUCAAAAUAAAACCUAACCAGC